AAUGUGUAUCCUAUUUAUAAGUAAAACAUGUUGUAUCCCAAAUAAAAAGAAGAGACUUGUUGUUCUAAAGUAUCAUUUCAUUGUAUAAUCAUAUAUACAACAAAAUGAUAUCACUUAUUUUACUCUUAUGGUCUCUUCCCAUAAUCUUGAUUCUCUACUUCCAAUUACAAAAACCUAAAUAUGCCAACAAACUCAGACCACCGGGCCCACCAGGGCUGCCGAUCGUCGGAAAUAUGCUCCAAAUCGACGGUCGGUAUCCGCACACGUACUUCCAGAGCCUCUCCAAGCAAUACGGCCCGGUCAUGUUCCUCAAGCUCGGAAUCAAGCCCCUUGUUGUGAUUUCCUCAGUAGAAGCAGUGAAAGAGAUCUUGAAAUCAUACGAUGCCAUUUUCUCGGGCCGACCUUCUCUUGUCACCAUGGAUAAGCUGUCGUAUAACAACAUAGACAUCGGGUUUUCCGACUACAAUGACACGUGGAGGGAGAUGAGGAAGGUCUCCACCCUCCAUCUCUUUAGCACAAAGCAAGUUCAAUCAUCUCACUCCAUUUUCAGCGAUGAAGUGAGAAAGAUGAUGGAGAAGAUUGCUAGAGAUGCCUCUUCUUCCACCGUCACCAAUUUCAGUGAGAUGACGACGAUGCUUUUAAAUAAUAUCAUGGUCAGACUUGUGUUUGGGGUACAUGGAGGUGAUCGUUUAAACCAUCUUGCUCUCGGAGUUCAGAGCUUAUAUGCAGGCUUUUUUGUGGGGGAUUACUUGCCUUGGUUUCGAUGGGUUGAUAGCCUCUCUGGAAUGGCUGCAAGGCUUGAUAAGACUUUUCACAUGAUGGAUUCUUUUUGUCAAGAAUUGAUUGAAGAGCAUCUGAAGCCGAAUAGGCCUAAAUCUAUGGAAGGUGACUUCAUCGAUAUUUUGUUAAGGAUUAAAGAAAAUGGAACCUCUUCUCUUACCGUAAACCACAUCAAAGCAGCACUAAUGGAUAUGGUUACCGGAGGGAACGACUCAGUAGCAAGUGUUAUAUUGUGGACAAUGACAUUGUUGAUGAAGAAGCCUUUGGUGAUGAAGAAGUUGCAAGAGGAGAUAAGGCAGUUGAUUGGAAAGAAAGAUAUGAUCGAUAAACAAGACAUAGAGAAACUUCCAUAUUUGAGGGCAGUUAUAAAAGAGAGUAUGAGAUUGUAUCCACCAGCUCCACUUUCAAUUCCAAGAAAGACUACUGAAAAGUGUAGUGUAAAUGGUUAUGAAAUAGAAGCUGGAACUAUGGUGUAUAUGAAUCUUUGGGCUAUUGGAAGAGAUCCCGCCGCGUGGGAAAACGCGGAUGAAUUCUUGCCGGAGAGGUUCGUGGGGGAUCAGACUACUCAGGAUAUAGCGUUUGGAUUCGGGCGGAGAGGGUGCCCGGGAAAUGGAAUGGCGAUGGCCCAGAUGGAACUUGCUUUAGCAAAUCUUUUAUACAAAUUUAAUUGGGAAUUGCCUGUUGGAAUGAAGGAAGAUGAUAUUGAUUUCGAGAGUACGACUGGUGCAGCAAUGCAUAAGAAGAAUGAUCUUUGUCUUGUCGCCAAGAUUGCCAUAUAAAGUUUCGUGUUUUAGACCCUGAUCAAUAAAGGAUUCUAAGAAAAUGAAUCCAUCUAGACAAUAUUUUGAAAUUUUAUACAUCAUCUAUGUAAAUAAAGGAUUCAAGUAAAAUGAAUCCACCAAGACAAUAGUUUGAAAUAUUAUACUUACAUAAUGAUAUGAAUGAGAUCUAUUUAUCCA